GUUCGAAGAAAUCGAUAAGAUGUUUGAUAAUAUUUGAGCUCAAUAUAUAGCCUGUCUAUUGAAGAAAACCAAGCCCUUUGGAAAAUUAUCUAUAUAAAUAAAAUGCCGCAUCGCGCCUCCUCAGGUGUGCAUCCAAAGCUUGUCAUGAGAUGCAUUAAACUAUUUGGCGGUACGAGGUUCGCCGGGCCAGAUAUGAUUGAGAGACCAAACAUACCAAUUCAGCAAUUGAGGAGCUUUCAUUGGAGCUUGUGUGAAGCUUUAGGAAUUAUGAAUCGUUGUUAUGGAGGACAGAUACUUACAAUAAUGUUUUCGGUAUUUGUGAAAACCACGUCAUUAUUAUAUGGCAUGGAAUCAGACUUGACUGGAGAGACAAAAUCUUACAGAUCUGGAUACGUUGAAUGGAUUUACUUCAGUGACAACCUAAUCAGAUUGAUCCAAGAUAUUUUCAAGGUUUACUUCUUAGUUUCGGCAAGUGCAUCUGUGAGCAAUGAGGCUGGAAAGACGGCUUUGAUUGUAUCUAGAUUACUCAGUCGAAAAUUGAACUCUCAAUCGAAAAAACAACUAGAAGUGUUUUCUGUUCAACUUCUCCAUACUGAGGUCAACAUCACAGCUUGUGGGAUAUUUACUUUGAACUACUCUGUCCUAACAGGAAUAAAUUCAUCGACACAAAACUUCAUUGAGAAUUUCAAGUCAGGAGCGCAUUUGAAAGAAAGGUUGGAAUAGCUCAACUGAUGUCAGCUACUGAGGAUACAUCAAUAUGAUGAUUGGAGCUAUAACAACAUAUCUUAUUAUUCUAAUUCAGUUCAAAAAUUCAGAUAAAGUUAAUAAAGUAGUUGGAGAGCAAUAAGGAC